AUGGACUCGCUGGAUCGUUUGAGCGCCGCCAAGCCGGUGCACAGCUCGGCAUUGGCUAGCGGCAGUAGCCUCCCGCGCAGGGCUCUGGUACACGCUAGUUUGGCAACUGUUGGUAGGCGGGGACGCCACCUGACGGGUACCUUUUGUCUUACCGGAGAUACAAUGGAGGGUAUUAUCCAGUGUCUGGUGUUCCUAAAAGCUUUCUCGUUGGUUGGUGGCGAAUUUGAUAUGGAACUGAACUUUGUUAUUCAAGAUGCCCAAAAUAUACGUCACAUGUUGGAAUUGCUCGAUCACUGCCCUCCAAAUCUGCAAGCGGAGAUUUGGAGCGUUUUCAUUGCCAUCCUGCGGAAGAGCGUGAGGAAUCUGCAGGCCUGUACCGACGUGGGCCUUAUAGAGCACGUCCUCAAGAGACUCCGAUAUGCCGACGCCGUAGUAGCAGAUUUGCUCAUAGAAAUGUUGGGCGUUCUGGCUAGCUACAGCAUCACGGUGAAAGAACUAAAAUUGCUGUUCGGCGCAAUGAAAGCAUCAAAUGGAAAAUGGCCGCGUCAUUCUGCCAAAUUACUCAACGUUUUAAGACAGAUGCCUCAACGGUCCGGCCCCGAUGUUUUUUUCAGUUUUCCCGGAAGAAAAGGAUCGGCGAUAGUGCUUCCUCCGAUGGCGAAGUGGCCUUACGAGAACGGGUUCACCUUUACUACAUGGUUUCGCCUCGAUCCCAUCAAUUCAGUCAACAUCGAGAGGGAGAAACCUUAUUUGUACUGUUUCAAAACGAGCAAAGGCGUGGGAUACACUGCGCAUUUUGUCGGAAAUUGUCUCGUUUUGACGUCAAUGAAAAUCAAAGGCAAAGGUUUCCAGCAUUGCGUCAAAUAUGAAUUCCAACCCAGAAAGUGGUACAUGUUGGCUGUGGUAUAUAUCUACAACAGAUGGACGAAGAGCGAAAUAAAAUGUUUUGUAAAUGGUCAAUUAGCAUCCAACACCGAAAUGGCCUGGUUCGUAUCGACAAACGAUCCAUUCGAUAAGUGCUACAUUGGCGCGACGCCCGAAUUAGAUGAAGAAAGGGUAUUUUGUGGUCAAAUGUCGGCGAUAUAUCUCUUCAGCGAAGCCUUGACAACUCAUCAGAUUUGUGCUAUGCACAGAUUAGGUCCAGGAUAUAAGAGUCAAUUUCGAUUCGACAAUGAGUGCAGUAUUAAUUUGCCAGACAAUCACAAAAGGGUGAGUGACAGUAUUACGGAUAGAAACCAAAGCAUGCUGAUUAUUACCGCAGCUGAUGCACGAACAGUAUUGUACGACGGCAAACUGUCAAGCGCCAUCGUGUUCAUGUACAACCCAGUUGCCACCGACACACAGUUAUGUUUGCAAUCAGCUCCUAAGGGAAAUAUAUCCUACUUCGUGCACACUCCCCACGCACUCAUGUUACAAGAUGUGAAAGCUGUGAUAACGCACUCCAUCCAUAGUACUUUAAACUCAAUUGGAGGUAUACAGGUUCUGUUCCCCUUGUUUUCUCAACUAGACCUACCCUACGAAUGCAAUGGCUCAACUGACAUCAAAAGGGAUCCCACGCUUUGGUAA